AUGACAGAGGAGCCCCUGGAAAGGAGGGUGCGAGUGGGCUGCACGACUUGGGGAAUGCUGCUGUGUGACCAUGAGUCCUCUCAGGUCUCGGAGGAAACCUGGGCCGUGGAACUCAUCACAACAAACACCUCGCAGAAGCGGGUGGAUGAGCUGGUGUCCGCAGCCCUGAGGAACAACAUCAUCUACCUGGAAGGGGAUCACCCUGAGGUGUAUAGUGAGGAUUUCCUGGGAUCAGCCAUUGGCAGUGCCAACCCAGACCCUGAUGCUGCAGAAACAGCUGCCGAGGAGCUCCUGGGUGCCUGGAAACGAGAGGGGCUUCCAUCACUGAGACUGAAGACAUCUCCCCAGACAGCAGACACCCAUCUGGAGAUGAAACCACUUCCCAAUGACUCGGGGGCCGUCACGUUGCCUGGUCCUCCUGCCCGGGGAGAGCAGGACUGGGAGAAGAUUCUGGCUUCAAAGAACAGGGACCAUACGGAGACCAUGAAGAAAGUGACCCAGACACAGAAGGCAGAAGGUUUGUCUUCUAAAGAAUCGGACUGGUCCCGAGAGAAGAUGAGAAAACCCCAAAUGCUAGCACCAGUGACAUUCGAGGACGUCACUGUGGUCUUCACGGAGGCAGAAUGGGUGACAUUGAGCACAGAGCAGAAGAACUUGUACAAGGAAGUGACGCUGGAGACCUACAGGAACCUGCUCUCAUUGGCAGAACCAACGCCAGAAACCUACCCCGGUCCCUCCUGCCUUCUGCCUUUCUCCUGUCAGCAAUUCCUCAGCCAACAUGUGCUGCAGAUCUUCCCAGGCGUGUGCGCAGAACAUCCCUUCCAUCCAGAGGGGUCCAGCCCAGAGCAGUGGGAUUCCCAUCAGAGCUGUCGCAGGAAGAACACAGAUGUCUCCAGACCCUUGUGUUGGAGGACAGGGGACAGAGAGACUUCAAGGAUGUCCUCCAGCCCAGCCCGAAGACAGUCAGCAAGCCCUAGAGACGGCCACCCAGGGGCAGGAAUUGAGCACAGCUCAGCCCAGAGGGUGAACUCUGUGGAAGCAGACCGAGGGCUGAAGGAAUCAGGAAGCUCAAGAUUCGGAGCAGUCAGCUCUGGAGAGAAUGGACCAGACUGUGGCCUGAAGUCAAACUUUAUCACAAACCAGAGGCCCCUCCUCCGGGAGAAGUCCCAUGUGUGCAUGGAGUGUGGGCGAGGCUUUAACUGGAAAUCAGUUCUCCUGAGACACCAGAGGACCCACUCGGGAAAGAAGCCUUACAUGUGCAAGGAGUGUGGGCGAGGCUUCAGCCACAAGUCGAGUCUCCUCACACACCAGAGGAAACACUCGGGAGAGAAGCUUUUUGACUGUAGUGAGUGUGGCCGAGGCUUUACCCAGAAGUCACACCUCCUUAUGCACCAGAGGACGCACUCCGGGGAGAAGCCGUAUGUGUGCAGCGAGUGUGGACGAGGCUUUACCUGGAAAUUAAGCUUCCGUAGACACCAGAAGACACACUCAGGGGAGAAGCCACAUGUGUGUAAAGAGUGUGGCCGAGGCUUUAUUGAGAAGUCAGGCCUCCUUGACCACCAGAGGAGACACGUAGGCGUGAAGCCAUAUGUGUGUAGUGAGCGUGGCUGGCACUUUACCCAGAAGUCAGGCGUCCUUAGGCAUCAGAAGACACACUUGGGGGAGAAGCUUUACGUGUGUAAGGAAUGUGGGCAAGGCUUCACCUGGAAAUUAGACUUCCGUAGACACGAGAAGACACACUCGGGGAAGAAGCCACAUGUUUGCACUGAGUGUAGCCGAGGCUUUAGUGAGAAAGCAGGGCUCCUUGUACACCAAAGACUACACUUACAGGUGAAGCCUUAUAGUUGCAAUGAGUGUGGCCGGCGCUUCACCCACAAGUCAAACCUCCUGAUGCAUGGGAGGAUACACUCAGGAGAGAAGCCGUAUGUGUGCGCGGAGUGUGGGCGACGUUUCACCUGGCAACUAAGCUUCUGCAGACACCAGAGGACCCACUCCGGGGAGAAGCCAUAUGUGUGCACGGAGUGUGGCCGGCGCUUCUCCCAGAAAUCAGGCCUCCUCCUUCACAAAAGGACCCACUCUGGGGAGAAGCCCUAUGUGUGCAGUGAGUGUGGGCGAGGCUUUAUUGACAAAUCCUACUUGCUUAGACACCAGAGGACACACUCUGGGGAGAAGCCUCAUGUGUGCCAGGAAUGUGGCCGGCGCUUUACAUGGAAGACAGGUCUUCGUUAUCACCAGAGGACACACUCUGGGGAGAGGCCUUAUGUGUGCAGUGAGUGUGGGCGAGGCUUCACUGACAAAUCCUACUUCCUUAGACACCAGAGGAGACAUCUGGGCGAGAAGCAUUAUGUGUGCAGUGAGUGUGGGCGAAGCUUUCUCGAUAAAUCCUACUUGCUUAGCCACCAGAGGACACACACUGGGGAGAAGCCUCAUGUGUGCAGUGAAUGUGGCCGGAGCUUCACGCGGAAGUCAGGCCUUCGUCGUCACCAGAGGACACACUCCAGGGAGAAGCCUUAUGUGUGUAGUGAGUGUGGGCGAGGCUUUACUGACAGAUCCUACUUGCGUAGACACCAGAGGACACACUGUAGGGAGAGGCCUUAUGUGUGCAGUGAGUGUGGGCGAGGCUUUACUGAGAAAUCCUACUUCCUUAAACACCAGCGGAGACAUCUGGGUGAGAAGCCUCAUGUGUGCAGUGACUGUGGACGAGGCUUUACGGACAAAUCCGACCUUUUCCUGCACCAGAGAAGACACUUCGGGGAGAAACCUUAUAUUUGUGUUGAGUGUGGCCGAACCUUUACCCAGAAGUCACAGCUGUCCACACACCAGCAGUCACACUCAGGGGUGAAGCGUUUUGAUUGCAUUGAGUGUGGCCGAGGCUUUUCCCAGAAGUCCAGCCUCCGUCGACACCAGAGGACACACUCAGUGGAGAAACCUUACGUGUGCACGGUGUGUGGGAGAGGCUUCGCCUGGCAGGGAAGCUUCCGACGACACCAGAGGACACACUCCGGGGAGAAACCUUACGUGUGCAUGGAGUGUGGGCGAGGUUUUACCUGGCAGGGAAGCUUCCGGCGACACCAGAGGAUCCACUCAGAGGGCAAGUCUUACGUGGGUGAGACUCUACCUGGAAAUUAA